AUGAACUUCUCUAAUCAUGCUAACAUAUGCCUUAAAAGCCGUAAUAGUAUAGUGGAUAAUCCUUUCGAGUUAUUUAAUCUCCUGAGUAGCGUCACCACUGUUACCACUACUACUACUACUACUACUACUACUACUACUACUACUACUACUACUACUACUACUACUACUACUACUACUACUACUACUACCACUACUACUACUACUACUACUACUACUACUACUACUACUACCACUACUACUACUACUACUACUACUACUACUACUACUACUACUACUACCACUACUACUACUACUACUACUACCACUACUACUACUACUACUACUACUACUACUACUCACACUACUACUACUACUCACACUACUACUACUACUCACACUACUACUACUACUCAUACUACUACUACUCACACUACUACUACUACUACUGCUACCACUACCACUGUUAUCCUAAUCGUUAAGACAAGUAUCCGUCCCACUCCAACAUUUAAGCAUAUAUAUUUAUUUGCUUUGUUUAUAAAAUUUUCACAAGUGAUUUAG